GCCAGGGGCAGACUGACCAUUUGGAAACUCGGGCACUGCCCGAGGGCCCGGGGCCAGUAGGGGGCCCCAGGAGAUGCCCCUGGUACCUUUUUCAUAGGUUUUUUUGAGUUUGGGCAAGGACACAGGGGCCCCAUGAUCCCCUACAACCCGGGGGCCCCAUGAGUUGUCAGUCCGCCCCUGUGUAUUGCAAUUGAUGCUUUCACGCCUAGGUGCCCCGAUGUGUGCGUUUAUGUUCGUACAUGCAUGUGGGGGGGGGGGGCCUCAAAAUAUUUUGAGGGAUGAUGCCCCUGGCACCUUUUUCAUAGGCUUUUCUGAGUUUGGGCAAGGACACAGGGGCCCCAUGAUCCCCUAUUGCCCGGGGCCCCAU